CAACGGGCAACCUUCGCACUUUUGGUUUGAUUUUCAAGGCGAGUGGACGCGGUUUGUUUGCCGGUGGUUUCUUUGAUCUUCAAUCGGCCGAAAACCGCGUGUUGUGAUUCGUUGCGUUUUUUUUUCUGCGGCUGUCGUUUUGGAUAAAGUUAAAAGUCGUGGAGUACCUAGAAGUUAGUGAGAAAACAACUAGUGCGUACAGUCUGUAGCUGUGAUAAUGAACAUUAUGAAAAAGUGUGGCUUUUGCCAGCAACCGGCUGGUCUGAUGUGCAGCCGUUGUCUGGAAGUGUACUGCUCCGUCGAGUGCCAGAUUCGCGAUUGGUCCGAGCAUAAGAAAGUUUGCAUCGUUAUUCCCAAGCUGUACCCCAACGACAGCUAUUUAGAUGUGUUAGCGAGUGGCGUAACGCUACCCCUGAGAAGCUCGUCCUUGAUCGAGCAGGCUUCGAGCCGAAUGCUGGCGAACAAUGGGCGCUCGCUGAGGCCAUUGCGCAAGCCAAACUUUCCGAUGGGAUCGGUUGAGGCGUCGGUUGGACGGGAAGCAACAGCAUCCCUUCCGGAUGGAUGCGACAACGAGCAGGAGGACAAGGUUGAAUCCAACGGAAGCGUAUCGAAUACGGUUAGUAACAUUACCGUAUCGACAUCCGAUUGCGAGAAGCGGAUGUCAAAGAUGAAGAUCGAGGAAAUCGGCCAGAACGGCAUGGUUAAAGAAUCGGCGAAGCCUAAGAAUCCGGUUGGCGCCGAAAAGCCACAAUCGUUGGCCAACUUGAAGUUGGAAAUGAUCAAGAAUCACAAGAAGUACGUCGAAAAUUGUCAGGGUGCGGCUGCGGCAUUACCAGCGGGAGGUGCUCCGCCGUCAAACAAGCAGCGCAACAAUUGGCUCUUGCAUUUCCCGCUAGAGAAAGCCGACGGAGAGCCCUUCGAGGUGAUCGUACAGUACGUUGUGGCCAACCGUCCCAAUGAAUGUUGGGUCAUUUCGGCGGACCACGAAACGCAGUGCGAUAAGUUGUUGCGCGACAUCAACGGGCAGAUCAAUCCGAAGGGUGAUCCCAUCAAGUACGAUGAUGUGCAGGUUGAUGAUAUCUACGCUGCACCGUACGAAGGUCUUUACUAUCGGGUGGUGAUCUUGGAGAAGGUUGACGAGGCCAAGUCUUUGGUGAAAGUUCGCCUCAUCGACUACGGGAACGAAGCGAAUUUGCCCGCAUCCGACUUGCGAGCUCCCCUCACGCUGAUGAAGAACCUGCGUGCAUUCGCCUUUUUGAUCGAGAUACGAAAUCUGAACCGGCCACUCAAGCUGACCGAAACCAUUCGGAUCGGAAUUGUACGAUCGGAAGCUGACCGGAAGAUUGUGGAUAUCGAUCUGGGUCCGACGAGUUUGUUGGAACUGCUUGGGAAGGCGAACCAAGUCGUUGGCGAAGGCGGAAUUGUGGCCAUUCUUUCUUCCCGGAAAGCUUUGAUCUUGCUCUCGUCAGAACCGGUGAUGCCGAUAAUGAAGAUUUUGUACACUCAGAUGCCGGAGGCCGCAGCAAAGUUCCCGAAGGCCGAAAACGUCAAGGUGGGUGAUUUGGUUUGCGUGGAAAUCGAAGGAGUCGGCUGGUCAAGGGCUCAGGUUAUGGAACAACACGACCGUAAUCGGAUUGUGUACACGAUUGAUAAUGGAACGGUGGAGUUGGUUAACGCAGAAGAUAUGCGUUCCUUGCCGGAUGAGUACAUGAACAAGCCACGGCUCGUGUUGCAAGUAGACUUGACCAAUGUGGUUAUGAACGAACAGGAAUUCAAACGACUCUGCUAUAUGCCAAGUUUUGCGUUCAGCUUCGAGCGGUUGAGUUACGACAAGCAACAACGCCGGAUGAAGUGCCUGAUGAAGGACGUUGAAGCUAAGCGGACCCUGGCGGAGGUAGAAUUCGGGGAUUUUGUUUGCGAUCUGAAGACGGUUGGGAUCAAUUAUUGGCCGAACAUUCCUCAAGACAAGAGCAUUGUCAAGAUUUCCUCCGUGCUGGACGUGGGAACCGUGAUUAUCUGUCCGAAGGGCAAGGUCAAUGUCUAUACCGAGCUGCUACAAUCGGUAAUGCCGACAUUGACACGUUUGACCGCCGUUCCAAACGUAAAGGAUGUCGUUGUAGCCGUGGACGACGUCAUGAUGCCAUACCGGGCACGCGUCCUUUCGAUUCCGUCACCGAAGGAGGUUGAAGUUCUGGACCUGGACAAUGGGCACAUCAGGAAAACGCCCCUGCAAAACUUGUACACCACCAACGGGUUCGUGAACAAUCUACCAGUCUACACCGUAAAGGUUCAGAUUCGAGACAUGAACGUUUCGGCGAUCAAGGAUCAGGCCUGCGUUCUAGAUCAGCUGGAUGCAUUCAGAACCGGCAAGCGGGAGUUCCGAAUGAUGUUCGAAGGCGGAUCGUACAUGUACGGAGUCAAGUUGAUCGAUCUGAGCACCAGUCGCUCGCUGGUCACCAUCCUAAUGGAACACCACGACAAGAAACUACGGGAAGUCGAAGAAGCAGCUAAAAAGAAACAAGAUCAAGAGGAAGCCGCGAAGAAGAAACGCGAACAAGAGGAGGCCGCGAAGAAGAAACGCGAACAAGAGGAGGCCGCGAAGAAGAAACGCGAACAAGAAGAGGAGGACGCACGUCGAAGGGCGAAGGAAGCGACCGAAGCCAAGGCUAAGCAGGAGGAACAGCGUCUUGAAGCCGAACGGAAGGCAGCAGCCCAGGCAGCGGCGGCUGCAGCAGCCGCCCGUGCAGAGCAGGAACGAAAAGAUCGCGAGGAGCAGGAACGCAAAAAGAAAGCAGAAGCGGAGGCCUCUGCUGCUGCGGCAGCAACUGCGACGGUAUGUUCUACGUUGAAGAUCGACGAUCUGCAACUGAUUCCGCUUCCGGCGGGAAAGAGUGAUGUCAAGCUUACCAUCCUGGACGACAGCGAUCUGGCGCAAGGGGCCAUCACCGUCUGCGAAGUGACGGAGCAGAAUGUGAAACGGUAUGCGACCUUGACCGAUGAGGUAAACAAGCUGGCCGGAAGGUGUGGCGGCGAUGGUUAUGCACCAAAGUUGGACGAACUGUGCAUUGCCAUCUUUGACCUCGAUAAGAUGUGGUACCGAGCCGUUUGCAUCGAGCCGCAGCCUGAGAACAACAUAUUCUUGCUGCAAUUUAUCGACUAUGGUAACGUGGCGACCGUUAAGCGUGAGUCGAUUCGAACUAUGCCGAAGGAGCUGGCCUUCCCAUGCGCGGCUCACACGUGCAUCGUCAAAGAUGCAAAAAAAGUGGUGGCAACGCUGCUCCAACAACAGACUAAGCAGGGCUACGUAGUGGCCCAGGAGAUCAAGUCCGAGGGCGAAAUCUACUCGUUGAAGUUUUAAGCUUUUUCGUUUUUUUUUUCACAUAAGUAGAUCGAUUAUUGUUAUUCCUUGUACUACAGAAGAACAACUUGUUUACAUUUUUCUUUUCGAUAUUGUUUUUUCGAAAUAAUAUUUUUGCUGUAUGACCACAUUUAAAAUGACCUACCGAAUAAAGUUUCACAGCUGGACAGUUAA